AUGAACGAUCGAUGUUCUUGUCAUCAUCAACAACAACAUGAACGACAAACAUUUGAAGACAGAUGUCGAGUAUCAGAAAAUGAACUUAAACAAAAAACUGAUAUGUCUGAUAAACUUAGAAAUGAAAUCGUUCUUCCUAAUCGGCAAAAUGAUCUAUCACGUUCAACAUGUAUUUCAACUGAACAAUCAUUAAAGUUUGUUCGUAAUACUUCUCAACGUUCAAAUAGUAGUUUACUUAUUAAAAAUCGCGAAAUAGCCAAAUUGAAGGCAUUAAUCUUUGGAAAAGAUAAUGAACUUAUUGCACUUAAAUUAGCUAAUAAAAAUGCUCUGACACAGAUGGAAGAACAAAUGGAACGUGAACGAAAAGUAUGGAAUGAACAUAAAGAACUUUUAUUAGUCGGUGAACGAACAAAAUUUGAAGAGGAAAAAUUUCGUUCAUUUAAAGAUUUACAAGAUCAAUUAAAACUUGAACAAGAACGUUGUCAACGUUUAGAACAAAAACUAUAUGAUGCACAAAUGGCAUCGAGUGAAGCUCAAUUAAUGUUAAAAGACAGUGGCCGUGAACGUAUUAAUGCUGUCUAUGGUACAAAAGAACAAUGUCGAAAAGAAUUUCAAGAUGAAAUUACUCGACUACGUAAUCAAUUUCAAUCGGAGAAAAAUGCUGAAUUGGCUCGUCUACAAGAACGUAUUCGUCAAUUAGAAGAUGCAUUAGAUCAUGCUUCAACUGAAAAUGCUGAUGUAACUUUACGUCAACAUGAAUUAUUUCUAAAUUUGGAAACAUAUGAAAAAACUUGUGUUCGUUCAAUAAAUGAUUGCAUUAAAAAAUUGCUCAUGGCAAUGGAUAGUCCAUCUCAUGUCUAUGCAAAAAUUCCACAUAUGACAUCAUUGACAUAUGAUCGAGAAUCAAUCAUUAAACGAUUACCAACUCGACAUGUCCUUCAAUCACUUCAAGAUACAAUUGAUGAUAUUAAAAACUAUAUUGUUGAACAAAAAGUACAAAUUGAAGCAAGAACAAAACUUUCAAGUAAAUCAAAAGUGUUAACGGAUCGAACAACAGAUUAUUCAAAUCGAACGUAUGAUAAUGAUAGUAAUAGUAAUCGAAAUUGUUAUCAACAAUCAAAAAGGAAUUCUUUUUCACAAGAUCAAAAAGAAAAUGAUCAUUGUUUUCAUGAUAUUGAUCGUUUACCGCAACCAUAUGAUAAUGAUCAUCAUCGUUUACAGAAUAAUUACAAUUCGUUUCAUUUAUCAUCCGAACAAAAUGAUACAAUUAAUAAUCUUGUACAAAAACUUGAAGAUCAUAUUGCAUCCGAACUCAGUCGUUUGACUAAACAACGUUUGAUAUUAAAUGGUUCAAGUUCUCAUGAUUCCACAUCAUUUCAUUUAGGGUCACCUACAAAGAUCAAAUUCGAAUCUGAUUCUGUGAAUAAUAAUAGUGAAACAAGACAAGGUACAUUGAUUCGUCAUUUACAAGAUCGUAUUGGUGAUCUACGAGAUGAUAGUAUGCGUCUACAUGAUCAUCAACAAUUAAAAUCAUUUUUAACAACAAAUAAUAAAUCAACACAUCAUGAAGAUGGUAAUCAUCAAUCAUUUUCAUCGAAGCGUUUAUAUAAUUGUCCAACAACGUAA